GCGCUCUGGAGCUGGCUGACAUGUUUCCCCGGUUCGGUGUUGGUUUGGCAGGUUGUUGUUUCCAGAUUCGGUUCGUUCCUUCAUUCAUUAAUCCUGCAUCUCAUUCGGUGUUGGUGUCGGGCUGCUCCCCCCGGUCCGUUCGGCAGUUCUCCAGAACCGGAGCCAUGCCCCGGAAGCAGAAGGAGGUAAAAGCAGCUAAAGGGCAAACAGCAGAGGCUCCAUCUUCCGGUCCGGUAACCAGAGACAAGAGUGGAGCCGUAGCCAUCACAGUUCACGCCAAGCCGGGCUCCAAACACAGCGGCAUCACAGAUGUGUGUGCUGAGGCUGUGGGCGUUUCCAUCGCAGCGCCACCUACAGAUGGAGAAGCGAACGCUGAGCUCGUCCGCUACCUUGCAGAAGUUCUGGCGCUGAAGAAAAGCCAGAUUUCACUGGAAAAGGGUUCUAGAUCCAGAGACAAAGUCAUAAGAGUGGACUCCUGUUUGGAUCCAGAGGAGGUGCUAAGGAGGCUCAGACAGGCUGCCGGCUGAUCGGCAAAGAGCAGAUGGAAGCAGGACUGGAUGGAGGACGGGUCUCAGAUAGGUUCUCCUCCAUCAGCGGCGCCAGUAAUGGAUGCGUAGAACUUCUGACUGUCCUCAUCUUCUCCACCUCCCAUUCUCAAAUGGACUUGUCCUAAGUUGGAGGAACACAGAUGAGCUUAGAAACAGGAAGUGAGGACACCAGAGGACAGUUUUCCAAAGGUCUCCUUCGUGUUAAAUGUAUUGGUUCAAGGAGAACAGAAUUAUCCUCCGAUGAUCCAUAACAGCCUCAAACCCUGAAGACCAGUG